GAGGGGAAGGCAGCACUGCCAGGCGGGGCUGGCAGCAAGAUGGCGCCGGCGGUGCGGGGGCUGAAGAGCUUCGUGUGGCAGAGGCUGAAAUCAGCAGUGUUUGAUGACUUUUGCAAAGAGGAAGAAUGGAAGGUAAUGCUUUUGGAUGAUUACACUACUAAAUUACUGUCACUGUGCUGCAAAAUGACUGAUCUACUGGCAGAGGGUGUCACAGUGGUGGAGAAUGUGUAUAAAACCCGUGAGCCUGUGCCACACAUGAAGGCAAUAUAUUUAAUAACUCCCACCAAAAAGUCUGUAGAUGGACUGAUUGAUGACUUCAUCACUAAAUCAUCUAGCAGAUACAAAGCAGCAUACGUGUAUUUCACUGACUUUUGUCCUGACAGCCUCUUCAAUAAAAUUAAGGCUUCAUGUGCAAAAUCAAUAAAGAAAUGCAAGGAGAUCAACAUUUCCUUCUUCCCUUAUGAGUCCCAGGUAUUUACUCUCAACAUCCCAGAUGCAUUCUACCGCUGCUACAGUCCCACUCUGGAAAGAACAAAGGAUAAAGAUGCUGUACUGCAAGUCAUGGCUGAACAAAUUGUUACCUUAUGUGCCACACUAGAUGAGAAUCCAGGAGUACGAUAUAAAAGUGGACCAUCUGACAGAGCCAGCAAACUUGCCCAGCUUGUUGAAAAAUCUCUUGAAAACUACUACAAAACAGAUGAGAAAAGCCAAAUAAAGGCUAAAACCCACUCCCAACUAAUAAUAAUUGAUCGUGGCUUUGACCCAGUGUCAACUGUGCUCCAUGAGCUCACCUUCCAGGCAAUGGCUUAUGAUCUGCUACCCAUUGAAAAUGAUACUUACAAAUACAAAACAGAAGGCUCUGGUGGGAAGGAAAAGGAGGCAAUUUUGGAGGAAGAUGAUGACCUGUGGGUGAAGAUGCGGCACAAGCAUAUUGCAGAUGUGAUAGAGGAAUUACCAAAACUUUUGAAAGAUGCUUCAUCAAAAACAAAAGCAGCAGAAGGAAAAUUAUCCAUAUCUGCUCUGUCCCAGUUGAUGAAGAAGAUGCCACUCUAUCGUAAAGAGAUCAGUAAGCAAGUUGUUCAUCUUAACAUAGCAGAAGAUUGCAUGAGCAAGUUCAAAUCUAACAUAGAAAGGCUCUGUAAAACUGAACAGGACUUGGCUCUUGGAACUGAUGCAGAAGGUCAAAAAGUAAAAGACUCUAUGAGGGUCCUCCUUCCAGUUCUGCUCAACAAAAGUCAUGACAGCUAUGACAAAAUCAGAGCUAUUCUCCUGUAUAUCUUUAGCACAAAUGGCACUACGCAGGAGAACUUGGACAAGCUGAUCCAGAACGUACACAUAGAAAGUGAUAGUGAUAUGAUAAGAAAUUGGAAAUACCUUGAUGUUCCUGUUAUCUCUUCAUUUGUUGCUCAGCAGCAUAAAUAUGCAAGAAGGGACCGUUCUAAAGAAGAAACCUUUCAGCUUUCUAGAUGGACUCCUGUUAUCAAAGAUGUUAUGGAGGAUGCUAUAGAAAACAAAUUAGAUUCAAAAGACUGGCCUUAUUGUUCUCGAUGUCCUCCCACCUGGAAUGGUUCAGGAGCAGUAAGUGCACGGCAGAAGCCCAGAGCGAGCUGCAGAGAGGAGCGGAGGAGCAGUGCCAGGCUGAUUGUGUUUGUGAUCGGGGGAGUCACCUACUCGGAGAUGCGCAGCGCCUACGAGGUUUCCGAGGCCUACAAGUCCUGUGAGGUUGUUAUUGGUUCUACUCAUAUUUUGACACCUAGAAGACUGCUGGAGGAAGUGAAGAACCUUAGUAAACCCAAGGAUAUGGUCUGCAUUAAGGAUGAAUAGAUAUGGUGAUAUUUAUGAUGCAUUAAAACCACACACAAUAUGUA